CCCUCCCCGCCCCCACCACUUCCCCCUUUUGUUAAUUAAAACUAAGAAGUCAGAAUGGGAACGAGGUGCCUAGCUCCCGAGGAGAAGCCUUAAGGACACCACGCCAGUUCUUUCCAGCCUUCCUUCCGAGAUGGAAAGAGGAGCUCCUAGCUCACUUAAGCCGGGGUAGGGCUGGUUCUCCUUUCCGAGCCAAAAUCCCAGGCGAUGGUGAAUUAUGAACGUGCCACACCAUGAAGCUCUUGUGGCAGGUAACUGUGCACCACCACACCUGGAAUGCCAUCCUGCUCCCGGUCGUCUACCUCACAGCUCAAGUGUGGAUUCUGUGUGCAGCCAUCGCUGCUGCCGCUUCAGCCGGGCCCCAGAACUGCCCCUCCGUCUGCUCGUGCAGUAACCAGUUCAGCAAGGUGGUGUGCACCCGGCGGGGCCUGUCCGAGGUCCCGCAGGGUAUCCCCUCCAACACCCGGUACCUCAACCUCAUGGAAAACAACAUCCAGAUGAUCCAGGCUGACACCUUCCGCCACCUCCACCACCUGGAGGUCCUGCAAUUGGGCAGGAACUCCAUCCGACAGAUAGAGGUGGGGGCCUUCAAUGGCCUGGCCAGCCUCAACACCCUGGAGCUGUUUGACAACUGGCUGACAGUCAUCCCCAGUGGGGCCUUUGAAUACCUGUCCAAGCUUCGGGAGCUCUGGCUUCGCAAUAACCCCAUAGAAAGCAUCCCUUCUUACGCCUUCAACCGGGUGCCCUCCCUUAUGCGCCUGGACCUGGGGGAGCUCAAGAAGCUGGAGUAUAUCUCUGAGGGGGCUUUUGAGGGGCUGUUCAACCUCAAGUACCUGAACUUGGGCAUGUGCAACAUUAAAGAUAUGCCCAAUCUCACCCCCCUGGUGGGGCUAGAAGAGCUGGAGAUGUCAGGGAAUCAUUUCCCUGAGAUCAGGCCUGGCUCUUUCCAUGGCCUAAGCUCUCUCAAGAAGUUGUGGGUCAUGAACUCACAGGUCAGCCUGAUUGAGCGGAAUGCUUUUGAUGGGCUAGCCUCACUUGUGGAACUCAACUUGGCCCACAAUAAUCUCUCUUCUUUGCCCCAUGACCUCUUUACCCCUUUGAGGUACCUGGUGGAAUUGCACCUACACCACAAUCCUUGGAACUGUGAUUGUGACAUUCUGUGGCUAGCCUGGUGGCUUCGAGAGUAUAUACCGACCAAUUCCACCUGCUGUGGCCGCUGUCAUGCUCCCAUGCACAUGCGAGGCCGCUACUUGGUGGAGGUGGACCAGGCCUCCUUCCAGUGUUCUGCCCCUUUCAUCAUGGACGCACCUCGAGACCUCAAUAUUUCCGAGGGUCGGAUAGCGGAACUUAAGUGUCGGACUCCCCCCAUGUCCUCUGUGAAGUGGAUGCUGCCCAAUGGGACAGUGCUCAGCCACGCUUCCCGACACCCACGGAUCUCUGUCCUCAAUGACGGCACCUUGAACUUUUCCCAUGUGCUGCUAUCAGAUACUGGGGUGUACACAUGCAUGGUGACCAAUGUGGCAGGAAACUCCAAUGCUUCGGCCUACCUCAAUGUGAGCACGGCUGAGCUCAACACCUCCAACUACAGCUUCUUCACCACGGUAACGGUGGAGACCACGGAGAUCUCGCCUGAGGACACAACACGAAAGUACAAGCCUGUUCCUACCACAUCCACUGGUUACCAGCCGGCAUAUACCACCUCUACCACGGUGCUCAUUCAGACCACCCGUGUGCCCAAGCAGGUGGCAGUCCCCGCGACAGACACGACUGAUAAGAUGCAGACCAGCCUGGAUGAAGUUAUGAAGACCACCAAGAUCAUCAUUGGCUGCUUUGUGGCAGUGACUCUACUAGCUGCCGCCAUGUUGAUUGUCUUCUAUAAACUUCGCAAACGGCACCAGCAGCGGAGUACAGUCACAGCCGCCCGGACAGUAGAGAUUAUUCAGGUGGAUGAAGACAUCCCAGCGGCAGCAUCUGCAGCAGCAACAGCAGCUCCAUCCGGUGUAUCAGGUGAGGGGGCAGUAGUGCUGCCCACAAUUCAUGACCAUAUUAACUACAACACCUACAAACCAGCACAUGGGGCCCACUGGACAGAAAACAGCCUGGGGAACUCUCUGCACCCCACAGUCACCACUAUCUCUGAACCUUAUAUAAUUCAGACCCAUACCAAGGACAAGGUACAGGAAACUCAAAUAUGACUCCCCUCCCCCCAAAAACUUAUAAGAUGCAAUAGAAUGCACAAAAAAAGAGACAGCAACUUUUGUACAGAGUGGGGAGAGACUUUUUCUUGUAUAUGCUUAUAUAUUAAAUCUAUGGGCUGGUAAAAAAAACAGAUUAUAUUAAAAUUUAAAAACAAAAAAUUAAAACAAAACUAUUUUCUAACUUGUAAGUUCUAUUUAAAGGGGGGGGGGAGGGGAAAUACUGGGAAUGUUGUGGGUAAUAAGCAACUUGCUAUGCUGCCAGAAGGGAUAUCUGGUAUAAGGUUGAAACUGCUAAGAUAAAACAAACUAAAACAACAAAUAUCCCUAAAAGAGGUAGAAUGUGGGCUGCUGAGGAAGUAGGAGGGAUAGACUGAAUCUGUCAUUUUUUUAGAUGACGAUGCUUCAUAGGAUACAGGAAUACCCAUUUCUACAGACAUCUUUCUUAAACUGAGAGCUGUCUUUGCAGUUUUAUCUUAUU